AUGAAUGAUGAAAUGUUCGCAAAGGAAGAAUUGUCAAAGGUGGAAAAGUUAAAAAGAAAAGGCGAAGGAGACAAUACGGACAACAACGAUGAUGGUGAACAUUUUACACAUGGGAGAAAUUUGUCCUAUUCUAAUUAUUACGAGCAAGGAAAUGACGAUGAAGAGAAUGAGGAACAGAAUGAUCAGGAAGAUGAUGCUGAGGAGGAGGAGGAAGAAGACGACGACGACGCACCAUACAAUUUGGCAAAUCCAGUGAGUCGAAACAUAACAACAGAUGCUGUGAUCAAUCAAGGACCUGUGUACCAUAGAACAUUUAAUAACGAGUAUGCAUAUGCAGAAUCUUUAGCCAACCUAAAUGACAAUGCAAGAGGAGGCAUGUAUGAAAAGACUGUCCGUGUUGGUGAGGCGGGGAACAGUGACCGAACAGACUUCGCCUCCAACCUAAACGAAUCAUUAAUGAAACUCUUCAGCAUGAAGUGUAAUAUUCAAGAGGAGAAACUACAGGAUAGAAAGAUAAACUCGUAUAAGAAAAUUUUAAGAAAUAAUUCGAAUGCAGACUUGAGCGAAACAGUUACAAUAUAUGCGGAUAAUGCUAGUGUGCAAAAUUGCUUCGGUCAAGAACCCUCCGAUGAGCCCUUCCAUCAGGACAAGCAUAACGAUUGCCAUGAGAUGAGUAGUAGUGAUUUUGUUAAAGGGUACAUCAAAGCGUCUAGUCCUUACCAAGUAAGAGAAAACAACGGGAUAGCCCAUUUUCUGGAGCAUAAAAAGGCAUACAUAGGUGGAAGCAGCCUUUUGAAGGAACCUAUGGGGGAAAAGAAAAAACGUCUUCCAAAGAGUACAAUGGGCAGCGCACCGAGUUGUGUUGAAUACGACUCGGAUGAUGGUAACGGAGAAACGCUUUACUCCGUAGAUAACGGGAGUGGAACCGCUAUGUCCAACCAGUCUGCUGGCUCCAAUGAAUCCGUGGAGGGCACGGAAUUCAUGCCUAACGGCGAAGAGCAAUAUUUCCGCAACGACAUUGCGAAGAGAAUUCUGGACAACAUGGACCGGGUGCACAUGCUCAAUAAAGAGAGACACUCUGCUGACGGUACUGACGACGGUACUAAUGAAGGUCCUGGUGACACUCAUGAUGACGAGGGAGACCAAUUCAAAAUGGAGCUCCUCAGCAAGUACAACAGUGUGAAUUAUGUAAAUAAUGUAAUUCAGGAUCUGAGUAAACUUCAUGGAGAAAAUCAGAGUGGAGAGAAUGCCAACCGAGUAGAAAGAAGCAUGCGCAUUAGCUCUGGUGUCAAUAUGGGAGGUGUUGCGGAAGCUUGUGAGGAAAACACCAACCAUGAUAAAAACUACAAGGUGAUAAAUAUAGAUAUGAAUAAUGCUAAUGAUUCGCGCAGGAUGCUCAUUCCUGGUGAUGCCAUGGUGAACGCGCUAGUAAACAAACGAGGAAAUAAGAAGCAGACAAUACUGACGAAGAGCAGAGAAAACACUGUUGUGGGGGAUGAUGAAGAGGAGGGGGAUUACUCAAAGGGGGUGUACAUUAUGCAUGAAAAUAACUCCUCCAAGGUGGCAGUAAACAGUAAUAAAAUUAGCCAAGGACAAGAUCACAUCCAGAGUGGAAGCGAAGUAUCCAGGGCAAGUACCUCUAACGAAGCUAAUCUGAAGAAGCAUGUCGAAGGCAUAAUGAAGGGAAUUUCAUCUAUGAAUAACUACGACUACUGCAGUUAUGCAGUUAAGAGCACAGACAACCCCAUAGAAUUGAUGAAAUCACAACAGAACUAUUCUAUCGGGGCAGGAGAACAUAAAUACCAAAUGGGUCAUAAGAACAGUAGCAGUAACAGCUUCAGUAACUACUGCAGUAACAGCUGCAAUAACCCCGCCUACCUCAUAAGUGGCGGCAAAAUGGGGAAGACUAAAACCGAGUCUAACGUAAACAAUGACACUUAUCAGAAUGAUGAAUACCCCGACAGGAAGAAUAACUUAGUCAAUGUUGGCCACAACAAUAAAGAAGCAGCAGAUUUGUCCCCUUAUAACAUUCCCAUCGGGGAGAAGACCAGUAAAGGAAGAGAAAAUUUGCCCAAUGUACUCCCCGUUAACAGUGCCGCCGACAAUUUUUGUGGACUUCUACAAGGAAGUAAUAAAAAAAAUCUUGAAACAAAAACGGGUAAGAAAUUGGUUAAUAUAAACCAUGAGAACAGGGCAGUCGGCCACAACCAAGGCGGCAACAACUAUCACGGAAAGUACACAAAGGACGACAUUAACCCGAGACGAGCAAAUGAGGCGGUCCAAUAUAUUUGUGACGAAAACUAUAACGAGGAAGUACCCCCUAACGGGAACUACCGAGGUAGGUUUUCAUCACGUGUUCGAAAUGUGAAGGGAGAAGAAAAGUACAGCUAUUUGAAGCAGUCCAACGAAGAUUCUAAUCUUACCAAUUUAAGCUCAGAUGCUCAUGCUGAAUUGAAUGGAGAAAAUCGGAGAUACUACCAGAACAGAACGAACGAGUCCGCUGAUUUCGAAAUGAAGGACCCGCUUCCAUACAAAGGGAGUAAAUCUCAGAAGGAAGAAUCAAUCAAUAGUGGAAAUAUCAAGGGGAAGAAUAUUUUUGACGAAUAUGACGAAAAAAGUGAUGUGAAUUACCCCGACCAGCACCACCAUCAUCAUGGUCAGGAAGAUUCAUCGCGCCAAAUUCGCCAAUCUGCUCAAUCUUACCAGUCGCACCAAGUAUCUGUGUCGAGAAGCCUCCCACCGGAGGCUUCCCACAGUGGUUGUAGGCGAAAUAACGCCCCCACCCGAUACGUGCAUGAAAGGUACAGCAAUAACAGCGAAGGAGAAAUGGAGCAGAUGUACAAAGUCGAAAAAGAGAAAAAUUGUAACCUGGGAAACUAUACGCAGGAGCUAAAUGACGACGAACAGAAAGAUGAACAAAAUUACUGCAACAAAUGGAGUGAAAAUUCUGUCAACGCAGUGAAUGAUGUUAAAAGAAAAAUGAAACAAGACACCAAUAAAGGGGACUAUUUGAAGAGUGGCUCUUCUUCUGCACCGACCAAAGACAUAAGCAAUGUAGAGGUCGGGAUGGAUAAUUUUAUGAAGAACAAAAAUAGUUUCUAUCCGAACAACUAUGAAGAAAUAAGGAAGGCCCUCUUUAACAUAAAAAAUAACCCCAACAUCGAUGACCUUACAAAGAAGAAGCUGAUAAGUACCAUAGAGAACUCCUUCUUUGCAGAUAAGAAUGGCAGCAUGCGACUGUUGCAUGAGGAAGAAGAGGACGCCGUGCACGACGAACUGCACCAGGGGGACUACGUGGAAAUGCUGGAGGCGCAGCAAGAAGUUGUAAAAGGUGCAUCCAAGUAUGACUCAAGCGCCAGCUCAAAAUGUGGCUCAAGAAAUGGGGCCAUGGUGGCAACAAGAAAUAGCACCAAGAACCUCCCCAAGAGUGGCACGAGGAUCAUACAACAGAAUGACGAUCCCGAACGGUUGAGUCACUUCAAUCAGGGCGAAAAUUUGCGAAGGGAAAGAAAAAACGAAUUCAAAGUUCAGCACACUUCCUAUACCAUCGAUCAAAUGAGAAGCGGCAAUUUGAACGAGUGCUUCGACACCAGUUCCACUUCGAAACAGAUGCUGGGUGCUCACCAGGAACACAAUUUGGGGGGCAACCCUGGUUAUGCUUAUGAUGAGAGUAAAGCCCACUUGUACGAAAUGAAUCGAAAAGAGGACACAAGAAACUCUGGUGCUAAGGAGAGAAGAAACAAAAGAUCCAAAAGAAGCAUGAAUAUUGCAAACGAAAGGGGUUUAGAAGAGGAACCGUUGCAGCUUGGCGAUGAACGUAUCGACGAAAAGUAUGAGACAUACAACGGGCCAAGAAAUGGAAUGAGUUGUGUCGAUAAUAGCAGCGCAGUCAGUAGCGGAAACAGCAGCGUUGUUAGUAGUGGGAAGAAUGAAGGAAGUUACAUCGACGAACUGAACAGCAACGGUAUUGGCAGCGUAACACAUAACAGUUUUGUCCAGGAGGCACUGUCGAGGGGAUCUUUGGGUGGCGCAACUCUCAAGAGGGGAAAGCGACCAAUCAACUGUAAGGGGGAUAAUAAUGGCCACGACGAAGUGAAGAAAGUAACCACAAGAAGGGGCAGAAUGGUCAAACAUAUGGAGAAGUACGGAAAGGAGGUAAUCGAAAAUGUCGAUGGCCGACUCUUUCUCUAUAGCAAUGUUAGAAAGAGUAGAAGCAUCGGAGGCGCAUACGCACCAGGUGGGGAGACGAACGGGAACAAUGAAGAAUUCGCGCGCCGAAAGUUUCACACCGAGGAGAAGAAGUCGGCCCAGCAUGUCAGCAUGAAGGAUGAUCAAAACCCACCCGUGGAAACGAACACAUGUGUGUACCCAAAAAAAAGAACAGAGAACGAGGAGGAAGACCUUAGUCUAGUUAUCGCUCCAAACGAAUAUGACGGGGGUAGAGAAAUGUCAAGUAACAUGAACAAGUUCAAAUCGGAUGAUUUAUUUAUUAAGAAGUAUGAUUUGACAAAUGAUGAGAAGAAGCAGAAGUUGCACUUAGCCGAUCUUAUGCGAAGCAACGAAUUGAAACGGAGUAGCGACAACUACUUUAAGCUGAAUUCGAACUUUCCGAGUAACCUACUAAGUACCAGUACAAGCAGCAGCUAUACCAAUGACAACCUGAAGGGAAGCAGCAACAACUACAGUUUGAAUGAUCUCUCUUCCAACACAUUGACCAGCAGAUUUCAAUUGGAUGAAAGCAUGCCCAGCAAUCUGAAUAUGAGUUCACAAAUGUACCUAAAUAACUACAGCUCUUAUGAGAAGAAGAGAAAAAAAACGGACAAGAGGAAUUUAGACAGCUUGUAUAAUAACACACCGACUACAUACGCGACCUGCAUGAAUGAAUGCAGCAGCACGACGAUGAAGUUCGUCGACCAUGACAUCAGCAACGAUGAGAUUAUUAACCACAAGAGUAAGAAUCAUAUUUUGAGUGUGAAGGGGGAGAACGACCCAGAGGGGAUAAAAGGCCUUCAGGAUGCUGCCAUCAAUAUGGAGUACCUCACAAAGGAAGUCAUUAAAGGAAAUAAAAAUAUUAUUAACUUGAAUAAAAAAAUGGGAGAUAAUAAGAUGCAUGGGGAGAAGAACGACUUGUUGGUGGCCGGCGAGGGAAUUCCCUUCAGCGAUGCGCUUAGCAGCAACUCUAAUUUGCCCUACCAGUUGGUUGUCGACGAUUUGGAUGAUAACAGAGGGAGUCUUGCCCAUAGCGCCAGUCACACAAGUCGCACAAAUGGCACAAACAGUGCAGACCUUGCAAACCGUGGAAACCGUCCAAACGUUACGAACAACAACAGCAGUGGCAAUGAUGACGCCCCCUGGGAAGACACAAUUAACCAAGAGGUUGAAGGCGCCGCGAAGGAGUAUGCAGACAGCGUCAACGAAAAGGAACAACCCGAAGCGAUUAACAGCUCACAAUUUGAUGAAAGGAUCCUAUUCAAAAGUAAGAGCCAAAGUGACAAUGGAAAAUUUUUAAACUUCUUCUUGAAAAGGAAAAUAUCCUCCUCCCUUUCAGAUCAUAAAGGAGCCUACGUGGCUCACCAGAUCCCACACAACAUGCUGCACUCCAAUGUCGUGAAGAGCGAAAAUGAAUUUUUGCUGAACAGAGCCAAAAGUUUGAACCUAGAUUUCGGAAGACUCUCACAGGGACAGGAAGAGUAUGAUAAUGUGCUUGAUGAGCACAGUGGCGUUAAUAGUAGCAAGAACGACAUAUACGAUGACAUGGUCCGGGUUAAGGAUGGAAAGAUGAGCAACUCCAAUUUCUCCGACCCGGUUGAAAUGUCUGAGGGCUUUGGUCAGCAGCUGGUCAGCGGUGAAAUUGCGUCAAAGGGAAAGGAGGAUGAACUCGAAGGAGAAGCUGCUAAUGGAGCAGUUACUGAAACGGCCAGCGGCGCGGUUAGCGUCUCGGUUGAUGGAUCCCCUACCGAUCAGGUUGUCGGCAUGCCCACUGAUGCCCCCAACCAACUAUCCAACCCCAUCGGGUCCAGCCCCAAAAAUGAAAUUGACAUAUCCAUCUGCACACUGGCCAACUGCCCCACACACAACCCUCAAGGUUACACAAAAAAUGUGUCAAGAAAAGGAGACGCGCAAGGGGAGGGAGGAAUGGUAAAGGAAGAAAAUGAUGAACUCAAGAGAAUCCCCGGAGUUUAUUACGACAAAAAUUCACAGAGAUGGUUUGGAGAACACAAAAUAAACGGUGUUAAAUGUGCCCAAAGUUUUGCAGUAAAAAAACAUGGAUGUGAAGAAGCGAAAAGGUUAGCAAUCGAAUGGAAAAAGGCAAGAAUAAGGGGAGAAGUAUGGGACCGAUUUAUAAAUAAAAAAAAAAAAAGUAGUAACAAUCCCAACUGUGUGAGUAAGACAACGAAGACUAGCCGACCGUCUGUUGAAGAAUUACGAAUAAAGUAUCUAUCCAUGAGCAAAAACAUGCCAAAGGUUAGAGGAGUGUGGUUCAAUUCGACUCCACAGAGAAUGGGAUGGGUAGGACAAGCAUACAAAAAAUGUAAGCGAAUUGAAAGAAUCUUCUCUGUUAAUAAAUACGGCUUCGAAGGCGCAAGAAAGCUUGCCAUUGCCUUUAGAAAUUCACAAAAACCCUCCAACGAAGAUAGCGAUGAAGACAGCUGGUCUAAGGAUGACAAAAUGAACAUAAAAAAUGUCGAAGAAAACUUAAAUAACUAUGAAUACAAGAAUGAAUACCCAGAAUCGAACGAAAUUCCAAUUACAAAUAAUAACAGCAGCAGUAAUAGCAGUAAUGAGAUUAACCAAACCAAAAUGGAAACCAAAGAUACCAGAAUUAAUCUCUGUAGAGAUGCUAUCCUGUUCAUUUUACAUGACCUGGAAACUAUCCUUGAAUUAAACAUUCCAAUGCUCCAUAAAAAUGUGAAUAUUUACAAAAUUUGUAUAAAGCACCACUUAAAUUAUUUAACCCUCAUCAAAAGUGAGGAGCAGAUUAUUCCCUACCUCAACAUAUUUGGUGAUUAUAUUCAGAGGUGCAUUUUGCCGACUGAUUUGCCCUACGCCGAACUGUACGUGCUGAUAGACUCCCUGAUCCAUAAUGACAUUUUGCCCUCAUUUGACCACAAGGAGAACUUCUCCGAGUACUCCAUGGCGGAGGACCCCGGAAUUAUUACGCCCUCCAUGUUGCUGUGA